GCUAGGCUAGAAAGGCAGAUAGUUUGGAUUCCGUAGAGCGGAGACACGGACCGUGUGGACUCUGAAGGACUGACGGCGGGGCUCGGACGGAGGCGACUUUCCCUCCACGGCGAUGCUGAGCGCCACAUCCAGCUAGCGCCGUCCCGACAGAAAGGGACCGAAGUGGAUGGAAAUCAGACAAAAAGACGACGCCGUCCGAGGAAGGGUUAGCUUAGUUUAGAUGUUAUUGUCAGCUAAAAACAAACCCACUUGGUCGCAAUGUCCUGCACUGGGAACCUGGUUUGGGAUGUUAAUAAACGUCUGAUUGGAUACGGGGACCCGAACUCCAUCAGAACCAGCUAUUUAGGUAGAAGAGAAUUUGUCCAGAGGCUGAAACUAGAAGCGACACUCAACGUCCACGAUGGUUGUGUCAACACAAUAUCCUGGAACGACACAGGCGAAUACAUCCUGUCGGGGUCAGACGACACCUUUCUGGUCAUCACUAACCCGUACAACAAGAAGGUGAAGAAGUCGAUCCGCUCUGGCCAUCGAGCGAACAUCUUCAGUGCAAAGUUCAUGCCUCACACAAACGAUCAGGAAAUCGUCUCCUGCUCCGGAGACGGCGUCAUCUUCUACACCCACACCGAAAAGAGUCCCGAGUACAAUCGGCAGUGUCAGUUCACCUGCCACUACGGCACAGCUUACGAGAUUAUGACUGUACCAAAUGAUCCCUACACUUUCCUGUCGUGUGGGGAGGACGGAACAGUGCGGUGGUUUGACCUUCGCACAAAAACCAGCUGCACUAAAGAAGACUGCAAGGAUGACAUUCUGAUUAACUGCCGAAGAGCGGCGACCUCCAUAUCCAUCUCACCUCUGGUGCCAUACUAUUUGGCUGUGGGCUGCUCAGACAGCUCAGUGCGAAUCUAUGACAGACGCAUGCUGGGAACCAGAGCCACAGGUAACUACAUGGGCCGGGGAACGACGGGCAUGUGUGUGCGGUUCGUACCUUCCCACCUGUCCAACAAGUCGUGCAGGGUGACGUCUCUCUGCUACAGCGGGGAUGGUCAAGAGGUUCUAGUCAGCUACUCCUCGGAUUACAUCUACCUUUUCAACCCCAAAGAUGACCAGGCCCGCGAGCUCAAGGGCCCAUCGGAGGAGAGGAGGGAGGAGCUAAGGCAGCCUCCGGUGAAGCGACUCCGGCUGCGGGGGGACUGGUCCGACACCGGACCCCGAGCCCGUCCUGAGAGCGAAAGAGAAAGAGAUGGGGAGCACAGUCCGAAUGUGUCCCUGAUGCAGAGAAUGUCGGACAUGUUGUCCCGGUGGUUUGAAGAGGCCAGCGAAGCUCAGAGCAGCAGAGGAAGCCGACCUCAGGCUCGGCCGAGAGGAACUGCUGUCCGGCCUGAGGGCUCAGCAAACACUCCUGCCGCCUCGGGUGCAGACUCCACCCAGGAGUCCGGGGCCCCUGAGAGGCCCGUGGAGACAGACUCCCUGGAGGUCCCUUCCAGUCCUGCAGCCACGUCCGAAGCCCCGAUGUCCAAAUCCACUUCCUCUUCCUCCUCAGGGUCGUCAUCGACAGUCACUGCGCCUCCUACUUCCGGCUCGUCUUUGGUAGAGAGCUCGGCCCCUUCUUCUUCUCCUCUUACCUCCUCCCCUGAUUCGGAGCAAAGGAGUCAGGGGGACACAACUGGGACGCCCACGCCCACAGCCACGCCCACCUCUGAACCUGCACUAUCGGAGUACAGUCCUCAUCGGCUGCCCAUAAGUUUAGUGUGUAGGCGUUUGCAGAGGUUGCUUCGGCUGGCCGACCCCCCGGGACUGGGUCAGCGAGCGACUGCUUCCACUUCCUCUGCAGCCUCUGAGCGAAGGGCUACCUCAGCUGCUGCCGCCUCCGCCUCCGCCGCCACCGCCGCCUCUGCUGCUCCGAAGCAACCCCAUACAGAUUCCCCUUCGUCUGUGGUAAACAAACAGCUGGGAUCCAUGACUCUGGAUGAACAGCAGGGAGCAGCAGAGGGUGCAGGUUCAAAUCCUGAGGAAUCGGUUACUGCAGCAACCAGCAGCACCCCCACCACCCCAACUCCCACCCCGUCCACCACCCGACCCAGCGCAGCAGAGCCGGUCCUCAGCCUGCACUACAGCUCAGAGGGAACCACCACCAGCACCAUCAAGCUGGACUUCACCGACGAGUGGAGCAGCAGCACGUCCAGCUCAAUGGGCACCGGAGUCUCCAAAACAUCUGAAGUCGUGGCUCCAAACAGGCAGGAGACUCUGUCAGCGGAGACUUCGGUGUCGGAACAGGGUCCCUGUGCGUCCUCUGGGCAGCAUAGUUUGGCAGCAGCCACAUCAGAAUCUCCUCGUGACGCCUCCAGCGCCGGCCCCCUUGGCGUCUCCACGACUCGGGGUCCUGCCGAGUGGGAAUGCACGGGGUCUCCGCCGCAGGAGAGGAGUCAGCCAGAGGGCUCCGAAGACCCAUCAGGCGACUGCAGGAGGGCGGAGCCUGCUGGAGAGGAGAGCGUGGAGGGUCAGAGUCAGCCGGCGCCUAGCAACCAGGACUCCGACGACAGCGACGACGAUCCCAUUCUCAUCCCACCAGCCAGAUUCAGAGGGCAAGGGCAGAGAUUUAAUUCCAGAGGAUCUGCAGUAGGAGAUAGGAUGAUCAGGCGCUCUGCAGCAGCUCGCAUCCAGGAGCUGUUUCGCAGGAGGAAAGAGAGAAGAGAGAUGGAGGAGAGUGAAACUCAGAAUAUCAGGAGACCUUCAGUGAAAAUGGUUUACAAGGGCCACCGCAACUCCAGAACAAUGAUAAAGGAGUCGUGUUUCUGGGGCAACAACUUUGUGAUGAGCGGUUCGGACUGCGGACACAUUUUCAUUUGGGACAGACACACCGCAGAACACCUCAUGCUGCUGGAAGCCGACAACCACGUGGUCAACUGCCUGCAGCCGCACCCGUACGACCCCAUUUUGGCUUCUUCGGGGAUAGACUAUGACAUCAAGAUUUGGUCACCACUGGAGCAGUUGGCGUCUUUUAACAGAGUCCUUGCUGAGGAGGUCAUAACCCGCAAUGAACUGAUGCUGGAAGAAACAAGAAACACAAUCACUGUCCCAGCCUCCUUCAUGCUCCGAAUGUUGGCGUCCCUCAAUCACAUCAGAUCAGAUCGCCUGGAGGGCGAUCGAUCGGAAGGAUCCGGUCAGGAAAACGAGGAAGAGCAGUAGCCAAGUUGGCAUUUUAUUUUCAUGGAAAAAAAACAAAAAAAAC